CCCGCCCGUCUCUCCUCAUUUGGACUGCAGGGAUAACGACCUAAACCGUGAUAUCCCCGCGCAGAAACCACUGAGCAGGUGCUGGUGGCAGCGCUGUCAUCAUCCGUACACCGUGUCUUCCAUCCUGCACCUCUGCGCCAAAGGUCCCUCAGUGCCAUUGGAGAACAUGAAAUGAGCGUGGUCAGUUUUGUAGCGCUGCAAAGACCGAAAGAGACGAUAAGUGGAGCUUUCAUUUCAAAGGAAUCAACACAUCAUCUCUAAGGCUCCUGUAUGGUUCCUGUCACGGCCAAACGCUCUUCAAACAUGAGGAUUUCAGCUGAGUCGACGCGGCAGCCCGAGUCGUAAGAAGCUCCGACUCAUCUCGGCCUGUUUUGGGCCUUCUCAGUAGCCGUUUUUACUCCUGGUUGCUGCCCUUUUACCAACAGUUCACCAUGCGUCCUUCCCUGGCCACAGCAGUCCUACCUCCAAGGACCCGUUCUCACAAUCCUCCUAACCUUGCAGUCGGGGGCCGUGAACACCUGUCAGCGCCUCGAAGGCGCAGCCCCCAUCUCCGGCAUACACUGAGUCCAGAAAACCUUCGAACUCUUGCAGAGAGGGGCGGAGCUGCUGUGGAUACCGUUUCUAUGGUCAGCAGUCCGAUCGGCCUACCACGAGCUAACAGCGACACGGAUCUCGUGACCUCCCACAGCCGGUCUUCGCUAACGGCGUCCACUUUGGAGUACACGUUGAACCGUGGCCAGAACCUCGUCAUAUCCUGGGAUAUCAAAGAGGAGGUGGACGCUACAGACUGGAUUGGACUCUACCACAUUGAUGAAACCAAUCCGUCAAACGUUUGGGACUGUAAAAACCGAGGCGUGAAUGGCACCCAGAAGGGUCAGAUUGUCUGGAGGCUGGAGCCCGGGGCCUAUUUUAUGGAGCCCGAGACAAAGAUCUGUUUUAAAUAUUACCACGGAGUGAGCGGAGCCCUGAGAGCCACGACGCCCUGCAUCACCGUGAAGAAUCCUACAGUACUGGCGGAGGGGCUGUCAGAACAGGUGGGCAUUGAACAUCCGAGAAAACUGAUCAGCUUUACUUUGACAGAUCUGAGGGCCCUCGGCCUGAAGAAGGGAAUGUUUUUCAACCCUGAUCCGUACCUGAAGAUGUCCAUCCACCCGGGGAAGAGGAGCGUCUUCCCCAUCUUCAGCCACCACGGACAGGAACGACGCUCAGCCAUCAUCGCUAACACCACCAACCCCGUCUGGCAUGGAGAGAAAUACACAUUCGUAGCACUAAUGACGGACAUCUUGUACAUCGAGGUGAAGGACAAGUUUGCCAAGAGUCGACCAAUCAUCAAACGCUUUCUCGGUCAGCUGACUAUCCCUGUGCAGAGACUUAUUGAAAAAAUACCUGGAGUUCAGCCAGUGAGUUUCUCCUUGUGCAGACGACUGCCCACUGAACAUGUGAGUGGACAGUUACAGUUCAAAGUGGAGCUCACAUCAACGGGACCAGAUGGUGCCUCUCCAGAUUCUAUCAUCGGCAUGUCGUCCUUGAACGGAGCUCCAGGGACUCCAUCCGAUGAUGAGGAUCUGCCCCAUCAUCUUCCAGGAGUAAAUAUUGUAUCAGUGGUCUCUGCAGGUCCGUCGCCUACUGGCUCGCAGGGCUCACAGGGCACGUGGGAAGGCGGGGCCUCAGCCUAUCCAGAGAAGGACCUGUGUCUUAUCGGAGCCGAGGCCAGAUAUGUAGACGCUGAAAGUCUGUCAGGCCAUGAGAUGCUUCAGAGGUCGCUCAUCGAGGGCCUGGAUGCUAUCGAGGCACCCAAAGGUCCCGGUGAAAGACCCCUGGGUGCGGCCUCACCUAAACUACGCUCUAGCUUUCCGACACACACCAGGCUCAGCGCCAUGUUGCACAUCGAUUCCGACGAAGACGACGAGAGGUCCGGGGCCAAUGACAUCACUCCGUCGCCGCUGUCACCGCUGCUGAUGAAUGGGGAGCCGCCAGAUAUUCCUGAUGAAGAUGAUCCGUUUCCUGAGAUCCAUGAGGAGCCAGAGCAGCUGGAGCCCUCAGUGCUGGAGGAGGAGCCUGGGGGUGCAGGUGGUACGGCAGGUGACUUACCUCCUGAGGCCGUGGUGGCUCUGGAGAUGGGGGCGGGUUUGGACUUGGAUGACUUUUUGGAGCCAGACGUCUUCUCCGAGGUGGACGACACUCCCUUCACAGAGGCAAUGUCCCAUAAUGUUUUGACAGAGGGUGGAGAAGUGCCCGAGGAAGGUAGGGGGGGUAUAGAGGACCCCUCGUCAGAGAUUGACACCUGCUCCAUGGCAACAGCCCAGCAGACUGUCGUCUCCUCAUCAGAGAGCUGUCCAAUCACACUGACGACGGCUGUGGAGGCGGAGGAAGGAGCAGAGACGGCCAUCGACCCAGGGGGAGAGGUAGUCUCUAACGUCCCACCAACCACUCAGGCUGUAGACGAUGAAGGUGGUGGGCCAGUCAGCAUCGCUGAGGCUGGAGCCGCUCCUCUGGCUCCUCUGGCUCCUCUGGCUCCUCUGGCUCCUCUGGCUCCUCCCACCAGCGCGCCAGACCAGGUCGAGGUGGUCAGUGUGAGGAGGCUGAGCAUGCAGGCUGCUGGGGGCGUGGCUGAAGAACCAGAAGGGGCGGGGUCAAAGCCGAAUGAGGAGGUGGGCUCUCUGGAUUCAGAGCAAGUCACCACGGAAACAGAUGGAGAGGAAGGUUCUCCUGUCAACGGCCAUCCUGUACGUUCACUUCCUUCUGUGCGUCAUGACAUCCACCGAUACCAACGUGUGGACGAGCCUCUCCCUCCCAAUUGGGAGGCUCGGAUUGACAGCCACGGCAGGAUCUUCUUUGUGGAUCACGUGAACAGAACCACCACAUGGCAGCGUCCCACCGGGCCUCCUGCCCCGCAGGGCCUGACCCGAUCCAACUCCAUUCAGCAGAUGGAGCAACUCAACCGCAGGUACCAGAGCAUCAGGAGGACCAUCACCAACAGUGACCGGGCAGAAGAACCUCCGCCUGAGCUGCUGCCUGAAUCAGAUAGUGAACUGUUGCCUCACUCCAUUUCUGAGUACAGACGAGACAGUGCAGUCGCUCACUCCAGUGGUCGCUCGCGGCUCUCCCUGCUGCUGCAGUCCCCCAGCGCCAAGUUCCUGUGCAGCCCCGACUUCUUCACCGUGCUGCAUUCAAACCCCAGUGCCUACCGCAUGUUUACCAGCAACACCUGCCUGAAGCACAUGAUCAGUAAGGUGCGUCGGGACGCUCACUACUUUGAGCGCUACCAGCACAACCGCGACCUCGUCACCUUCCUCAACAUGUUCUCCAACAAACAGCUGGAGCUUCCCCGGGGCUGGGAGAUGAAGCACGACCAUACUGGGAAGCCUUUCUUCGUGGAUCACAACUGUCGCUCUACGACCUUCAUUGACCCACGCCUGCCCCUCCAGAGCUCUCGCUCCACUGGGCUGCUGGCCCACCGCCAGCACCUGAGCCGCCAGCGCAGCCACAGCGCCGGGGAGGUAGUGGACGACUCUCGCCAGCCCAACCCGCCCGUCAUGCCCCGCCCCUCCAGCACCUUCAGCGGCUCACGGAGUCAGUACCCGGAUGUGGUGCCUGUGGCCUACAAUGACAAGAUAGUGGCGUUUCUACGGCAACCCAACAUCGUUGAGAUCCUGCAGGAAAGACAACCUGAGCUCGCAAGGAACCACUCGCUCAAGGAGAAGGUGCAGUUUAUCCGCACUGAGGGAGUCAACGGGCUGGCUCGUCUCUCCAGCGACGCUGACCUCGUCAUGCUGUUAAGCUUGUUCGAGGAGGAGGUGAUGUCAUAUGUGCCGCCGUUACUCCACCCCAGUCACUGCCUCUCCGCCUCCUCUCCUCAGAGCUCCCCUGGCACCCAGCGAGCAAACGCCCGAGCUCCUGCUCCCUAUAAACGAGAUUUUGAGGCUAAAUUGAGGAACUUCUAUCGGAAGCUGGAGACCAAGGGUUACGGGCAGGGACCGGGAAAAGUCAAGCUCAUCAUACGCAGGGAUCACCUCUUGGAGGACGCCUUUAACCAGAUAAUGUGUUACUCUCGCAAAGACCUGCAGAGGAGUAAACUUUACGUCAGCUUUGUCGGCGAGGACGGGCUGGACUACAGUGGACCCUCCAGAGAGUUUUUCUUCCUGGUGUCUAGAGAACUGUUCAACCCGUACUACGGCCUGUUUGAAUACUCAGCCAAUGACACGUACACGGUCCAGAUUAGCCCCAUGUCUGCCUUUGUGGACAACCACCAUGAAUGGUUUCGCUUCAGUGGGCGUAUCCUGGGCCUGGCUCUCGUCCAUCAGUACCUGCUCGACGCCUUUUUUACCCGACCCUUCUACAAGGGGCUUCUUCGCAUCCCGUGUGACCUGAGUGACCUGGAGUUCCUGGACGAGGAGUUCCACCAGAGCCUGCAGUGGAUGAAGGACAACGACAUUGAGGACAUGCUGGACCUCACCUUCACUGUCAACGAGGAGGUCUUUGGACAGAUUACGGAGAGAGAGCUGAAGCCGGGCGGGGCUGGUAUCCCUGUCUCAGAGAAGAACAAGAAGGAGUACAUCGAGCGUAUGGUGAAGUGGCGUAUCGAGAGAGGAGUGGCCCAGCAGACGGAGAGCCUGGUCAGAGGCUUCUAUGAGGUGGUGGACGUGCGUCUGGUGUCCGUGUUUGAUGCCAGGGAGCUGGAGCUGGUGAUUGCAGGCACUGCAGAGAUCGACCUGGCAGACUGGAGGAACAACACAGAGUACAGAGGAGGUUACCAUGACAACCACAUAGUGAUUCGCUGGUUCUGGGCAGCUGUGGAGAGGUUCAACAAUGAGCAGAGGCUGAGACUGCUGCAGUUUGUGACGGGCACCUCCAGUAUUCCUUACGAGGGAUUUGCCUCGUUACGGGGCAGUAAUGGACCCCGCAGAUUCUGUGUGGAGAAGUGGGGGAAGAUCACCUCUUUACCCAGGGCUCAUACUUGCUUUAAUCGUCUGGACCUCCCACCUUACCCCUCCUUUUCCAUGCUCUAUGAGAAGCUCGUCACUGCUGUGGAGGAGACGAGCACGUUCGGUUUGGAGUAACGUCCAAUCAGCUUUCACACAGGUUUACUUUUUGGAGACAGAACAAUCUGGAUAUCAAACCUUAUUGACUGAGGAGAGAAACCUGGAAAAUAAAAACCUAUAUCCUCAAAAGGCAACUAACCCAUCCUAUGGAUUACUCUGCUGUGUUUUCAGACUGGCUUUUUUGUCACUCGGCAUGCAAGCUUCAAUCGAUUCUCUGCCUUUCUCUCAUAUUGAAGAGGAAGUGAGCACGGAUUGGAAGAAAGGCAGAAAAUCAGAGGACGGUUUGAUAAGCUCUGUAGUACAAUCGCUUGUUUUCAUGGUUACCUUUGUUCAUUGAGCCACAUGUGUGCUUUAUCUCCUAAGUUAAUGGCCUUGUUUACUGGAUUUCUAGCACCCCCUCCUCCUCCUCGUCCUCCUCCAAACUGCACCUCAGAGACAGCUGCUCAAAAUCCACUAAGCCCCCUUCUCCCUCUCUGGACCUCUAAACUGUGUCCUCUCUGCACUGAGGUUGCGUCAUUUUGAACUAUAAUACACUCAUACUGAUCACCUUUGCACAAAACACACACAAACAUGGGACAUUUCCUUUUUUUAUUAUGCAAACUGGUGUUUCCCCUUGUAUGUAUUUUUUAUCAGAAUGGGAAGAAAUGACAUUUUAGGUGUUGGCUGGACCUCUAAGGAUGCCUGCGUGAAGGGGAUACACUAGGUUGCACGCUUACACAUAUAAACAUACAUAAAAUACAUAAAAAGAGAUGUUUUGAGAGAAAAUACACUUUUUUCACAUUUUUGAUUCCUUAAAAAGGGGGAAAAUCGACAAAAAAAAAUAUGUUGGUGACAUUUAUGGACAGUGUCAUCGACCCAUUGUGAUAAUGACGGCAGGUUCUGGUCAGGACUGUUACCGUAGAAACUGAGACAUUAGAGCUCUUAGGAUACAUCCAAAUACGCAACCGUGUUUCUGCAUUUACUCUUCAGCCAAUGUCAUAUUCAAAAACACAUGACGACAGUGUUACAGCAUUAGCCUCGAUGCUGUGAUUGCACUUUCUUACAGUCUAACUCACCACACAGUACAAAUACAUUUACUGACAGUUCAAUAGAAGUGCAGGGUUCCUCUCUUUCAAACCGCUCCUCAACUCAUCAUGAGCAAUAGAGGCAUUUUCUCACUCUGACAGAUGACGUCUGCCCAUAACCCUGACACACGGCGUCCUUCUCACUGAUCUAAUCGCCUCCCGCCCCAUGAAAAGUGAUGAAUGUACCAAAUAAGUGACUGAAUGUAUGGACCUCGAGUGACUGUGUUUUUUGCCCUUCGAGGAAGAUUUGAAG